AUGGCGGCAGACGGCGGACUGCCAAUAGAGGAGCGGCUGGCGUUGUGGGCGGGCCGAACUCUCGCGAGAUCAGGAGCCGUAGACGCAGCCAUGUUGCGGCCGCCUCGGCCUGGGUGCCGCCCUUGCUGGGUCGCCGUCGCGCUCUGCCUCGGAAUCUACCUCGCCUCCGCCUCUAGUCCCACAAGGGGCGCAGAAGCUCCGUGCGAAGUGUGUCAAGAUUUUCUGAAAAGGUUUUAUAGUUCUUUAAAAGAAAAACACUCUGAUUUCUCCGUUGCUUCUAUUGAGAAUGAAUUAGUCAGGAGCUGCAUGAACACAAAAGGAAAAGAAGACCGCUUGUGCUACUACAUCGGGGCCACAAGUGAUGCAGCAACCAAGAUAAUUGGUGAAGUCAGCCGCCCAAUGAGUGCUCACAUACCUGUGCCAAAGAUCUGUGAGAAGCUGAAGAAAAUCGACAUUCAAAUCUGUGAGCUCAAAUACGAAAUGGAACUGGAUUUAACAGCGGUUGAUCUCUCUAAGAUGAAAGUGGCUGAGCUGAGGAAGAUCCUGGACCGCUGGGGAGAAGUGUGCAGAGCAUGCAUUGAAAAAAAGGACUUUGUGGAUCUGAUUAGAGCGCUUGCACCAAAACACACAGCUGCAUCUUCCAGAGCUGAGCUCUGAUGCAAUGCCUGAUCUUACUUCAU